GGAGAAGAGCUGAAGGGGCUAUAAAACCUCUGGGGUUUCAGAUACAGAGUGUACCACCCUAGAGCAGCCAUCCUCAGCCAAGCGCUGUCAGGAGCUGUUUUCUGUCUGGAAGCUACAGGCACUGCUGUAGAAGAUGUGUGAGGAAGAGGACAGCACUGCCCUUGUUUGUGACAAUGGGUCGGGGCUCUGUAAAGCCGGCUUCGCUGGAGACGAUGCUCCAAGAGCAGUUUUCCCAUCCAUUGUGGGUCGUCCCAGGCACCAGGGUGUGAUGGUUGGUAUGGGUCAAAAAGACAGCUAUGUGGGUGAUGAGGCUCAAAGCAAGAGAGGAAUCCUGACCCUGAAAUACCCCAUAGAGCACGGCAUCAUUACAAACUGGGACGACAUGGAGAAGAUCUGGCAUCAUUCUUUCUAUAACGAGCUCCGGGUUGCACCUGAGGAGCACCCGACUCUGCUGACUGAAGCACCCCUGAAUCCCAAAGCCAACCGUGAGAAAAUGACACAGAUUAUGUUUGAGACAUUCAACGUGCCAGCCAUGUAUGUAGCUAUUCAAGCCGUUCUGUCCCUCUAUGCCUCUGGACGUACCACAGGGAUCGUGCUUGACUCUGGGGAUGGCGUCACCCACAACGUGCCGAUCUACGAGGGCUACGCCCUGCCACACGCCAUCAUGCGCCUGGACCUGGCUGGCCGGGACCUGACCGACUACCUCAUGAAAAUCCUGACGGAGCGCGGCUACUCCUUCGUCACCACUGCGGAGCGUGAAAUUGUCCGUGACAUCAAGGAAAAGCUCUGUUACGUGGCCCUGGACUUUGAAAAUGAGAUGGCCACUGCUGCAUCUUCCUCGUCUCUGGAAAAAAGCUAUGAGCUUCCUGAUGGUCAGGUGAUCACCAUUGGGAAUGAACGCUUUCGGUGCCCAGAGACCCUCUUCCAGCCAUCUUUCAUUGGCAUGGAGUCCGCUGGCAUUCAUGAAACCACUUACAACAGCAUCAUGAAAUGUGACAUAGACAUCAGAAAGGAUCUUUAUGCUAACAAUGUGCUGUCUGGAGGCACCACAAUGUACCCGGGUAUUGCAGACAGGAUGCAGAAGGAAAUAACUGCUCUGGCUCCUAGCACCAUGAAGAUCAAGAUCAUUGCUCCUCCCGAACGCAAGUAUUCGGUCUGGAUUGGAGGCUCUAUCCUUGCAUCCCUCUCUACUUUCCAGCAGAUGUGGAUCAGCAAACAGGAGUAUGAUGAAGCUGGCCCAUCCAUUGUUCACCGCAAAUGCUUUUAAAUUGCUUUUUCUUUAUAUGUCUCCUUAGUGUGAAUGUAUUCAGGGAAGUACAUUCUUAUAAUUUCAUUCCAUAAAUCCUUCAUCGUAAGUAAUCUAAUUAAUUGGAUACUGUGUAUUUCUUAAAAUAAAUUUUAAAUAUGCUAUGAAA